AUGGAUGUGAAAAUAAAGGAUUCUUUUUUUGAUGAUCCGGAAACUACGACCUUUUGGGUUAACAAUGGUCUACCCAAUUAAGACCAAAUAUUAUAAAUGCAGGAUUCAAUGUACAUCUAAAAGGAAAAUGAGUUCUGCAAACGCACUCUAGGCAUUUAGAAUCACUACUUACUUUACUUUAAAAAAUAAACGGCUCAAAAAUGGGUUAACUUGGACAAUGCUACUAUUGAAUAUGUCAAACAUUAAAGUGUAGGAUUGGGGAUUAGAAUUUCAAAACAUAAAUAAUGUUUUGAGUUCUUCGGAGAUGUCGAACCUUGGUAUAAUUAUUUGAGAUAAUAUUGUGUACAAAGAAAUUUUUCCCAAAGUUACACUUUAUUAAAGAAAAUUGGAUAAGGAAAUUUUGCUGAUGUAUAUAAGGCAACCAAUAAGAUGGAUGGAGCUGAAUACGCUAUCAAGUGCUUCAGGAAGAACAAAUUAAAGGAGAACGUCGAUAGAUUAUCAAUGAUCAAAGAAAUAUCAAUCAUGAAGAAAAUCCAGCAUGAAUCAGUCAUUAAAUUAUAUGAAGUAUAUGAAGGAGAUGAUUGUUUGUACUUGGUUUUGGAAUACUUGAGAGGAGGAGAACUUCACCAAUUUAUGAAGAAGUCUCCUCCCUUUUCUGAAGAAAAAUGUUCAAAGUUGAUUUUUCGGAUUCUAAAGGCCUUAUAUUCUAUACAUCAAAAAGGAAUAUUGCAUCGGGAUCUUAAGCCAGAAAAUAUUAUGUUGAGAAACAAAGAUGAUCUUGAUAAUAUCUGUAUCGGAGAUUUUGGAUUAGCCGAUUAUUAUUCUCCAAGUGGCCAAUAUCUUUUUACUAGAUGUGGAACUCCAGGCUAUGUUGCUCCAGAAUUGCUACAAGAUAAGCUCUAUGAUUUCAAAAUUGACAUUUAUAGUGUUGGAAUACUUAUGUACAUUUUAAUCGCAGGUAAGUCGCCAUUCGAUGGCAAAGACUAUGAUGAUGUUGUUAUGAGAAACUACUAUGCGAAGGUGAAAUUUGAAGAUUGUAAAUUAACUGAGGUCGGUAUGAACUUCUUAAAAGGUUUAAUGAAUAAAAAUCCAAUUCAAAGAUUUAGUGCAGAAGAAGCGUUAAAUCAUCCAUGGUUUGCAACAGAAAAUUCCAAUAAAGCUUGUUAAUUUAAAAUUCGAAAACAAAACUACGUAUUGAAAAAACUGGGUCAUUGUGAAUUAUAAAUCAAAUAGUUUUCAGCUAUUUCUACUUAGUUCAGUCCUAAAAGUUCGUUAUCAAGCCUUAGUCCUUACUGUAUGACUAAAUAUAACUUGGAUGAAAGUCCACAAACUCCUAAUUCACCAAGCGCAUAAUUCGCCAUUUCAACUCCCAGAACUCCUGGUAUGUGUAAAUUAAGGCCAGUUCGACGCUCUUAAUUUAACUUAAAAUAAAUUUGAUUUUAAUAUGUAUAUAAGUCAAUGAUUUAACUUAGAGAUUA